AGUGCCUAUAUUUUUCCAGUCUUGCCUGUAUGUGUCACUCUUUCCACUACGUUAAGAGACUCCUGGAGACGCUGUUUGUCCAUCGCUUCUCUCAUGGAACAAUGCCGUUACGCAACAUCUUCAAGAACUGUACCUACUACUGGGGCUUUGCAGCAUGGAUGGCUUAUUACAUCAACCACCCGCUAUAUACACCACCCAUUUAUGGGGAGCAACAGAUCAGAAUUGCCCUCAUCAUAUUCUUGUUCUGUCAGAUCGGCAACUUCUCCAUCCACAUUGCUCUUCGGAACCUUCGUCCACCAGGCUCUAAGACCAGGAAGAUUCCUUAUCCAACCAAGAACCCCUUCACCUGGAUCUUUCUGCUGGUCUCCUGUCCCAACUACACCUAUGAGUUGGGCUCCUGGCUUGGUUUCACCCUCAUGACCCAGUGUCUGCCAGUGGCCUUCUUUACUUUGGUGGGCUUCAUCCAGAUGACGGUUUGGGCAAAGGGGAAGCACCGCAGCUACCUGAAGGAGUUCCGAGACUACCCUCCUCUCCGCUCGCCCAUCCUGCCUUUCAUCCUGUAGAGGACUAGUCAGCACUGCCUGUUUGUAGGAAUCAAACCCUCCCCUUUUCCUUGCUUUAAAAUCUACACCGGAACUUGGACUGGGAAAAAGGAGCCUUUUUUUUUUUUUUCCCCCAAUGAUGUUCAACCUUUGUUUUCCCUUCCUGUAAUCUGUCCCCUUUUGUCUUGUGUGAGAAUGUAAAACACUAGUAUUGCUCUAAAUUUUUUUUAUUGAAGACAGACAAACCCUGAUUGGUAAAUUGAGUUUUGAUGUAUGUUUGCUUUCCCAGAGCAGUUUUCACCUUUAAACUAACCAGUGUAUAUAUGACACCACAGUUCCUUUUUUUUCAUCCAGUACUGUUGUUUAGGGGUUGAAUUUGCACCUGGUGAUAUUCAGCAUAGUUCUCAGUUUUUAUUUCCAUAAAUCCAAAUCUGAAACCGUGACAAAACUUAAUUUGUUAAUGUCUGAUGUAAUUUAUUAAAAAAGUAAACCAACAUGUGGUUGUGUCAUUUCAGGUUAAUUCAUGACAUCUACACUACUUGAAAAUUACCUU